AUGUCCAACAUCUCAGCUCCAGAUUGGAAAACCGCUGGGUCGAAGCUUUCUGACUGGUCUCUAUUCGACGAAGUUUUUGUUUCAUGCGAGACCCAAGUGAUCAAGCCCGACUUGGGCUUUUACACCCAUGUCAUUUCGAGGGCAAACACUGAUCCGAAAACAACGGUAUUCAUAAACGAUAGACAGGGGAAUGUUCUCCCAACCCAGUCCCUGGGACUCCAUGGCAUUGGAUCUAAAGGUCUCGAGGAUAUGAAGUGUCAAUUAAAGGAAAUUUGCCGCAUUUCGGGGACUCCUGCCGUCAUCUAG